UUUCAUAUAAAAUCGAAUCAUUGACUUUCUCAAAGUCUCUAUUAGCUCUUAGCAAACAAAUACAUCAUCAAACGCAUUCAGAGUUUCAGACACGAGGGGGGGUAAAAAAGCAGAACAAAUGAAUCCAUUGGGUGCUCUUAAGAUCACCGUGAAGAGAGGCAUUGAUCUCAUCGUUUGCGACGCAUUUAGUAGCGACCCUUAUGCUGUUGUUACCUCCGGUUCGCAGAAAUUAAAGACCCGAGUGAUAAAAAAUAAUUGCAAUCCCGAAUGGAAUGAUGUUCUAACUCUUUCAGUUAUUGAUCCACAUAUGCCGAUCAAACUAACUGUGUUUGACAAAGAUACAUUUACAAAACAUGAUAAAAUGGGUGAUGCCAUGAUUGAUAUCAGCCCAUAUAUAGAGUCUAUGCAAAUGGGACUAGAAGACCUCCCCAUUGGAACUGCUGUAAAAAAGGUGCAACCCGAUGAGAAGAAUUGCUUAGCAGAUGAAAGUAAGGUUAUUUGGAAUGGUAAAGGCAAAAUGGUUCAGGAGAUGACUCUAAAGUUGCAAAAUGUGGAGAGUGGAAAAGUGCAGAUCAAGAUUGAGUGGCUUGAUCUUCCAGGUUGCAGAGGACUACGAUCUUGAUUUAUAUAUAGUUCUAUAUUUUAUCCUAAGUGUGAUGAUAGUUCUGAAGAAAUCUUCGUAUCUUUGCAUUUGUGCAUGUUGGUGUCGAUGUUCGUCUCUUCAUUUUCAAACCACCUAAAGUUAGGUGCUCCCUCUCACAUAUAUUACACAUUUUGUAUUUUGCUUAUUUGACAAAAGUAUCUGACAAAUAUGUCAAAGAAUGUACCUCGGAGCACAUAAUUCUACUCUUCUACAUGCUCCUAGGAACCCCUAAGAAAAUUUGCAGUUUUAUAAUGUUCUACUUACUAAUGUACUAUAACUACUAUUUAUGUAAGCUUGUUUUGUAAAA